AUGAUUGGUCUUGCUUCGUCCAUUGGUAUGGGCCUUUGGCUAGGAUCAGGAACAUCUUUGAAAAAUGCCGGUCCGGCUGGUAUUUUCUUGGGAUAUAUCCUAUCUGGCACCAUCAUUUGGAGUGUCAGUCAGAGUAUAGGAGAAAUGGCGAUCAUGUAUCCCCUUCCUAGUGCUUUCGUGCAAUGGACUAAUAUAUUCGUCGAUGAAUCCGCCGGUUUCGCGCUCGGUUGGGCUUACUGGUUCUCUUACUGGAUCACCAUUGCCAACGAGGUACAAGGAGCUAUCACAGUACUCAACUUCUGGACAAGUGCCGUCCCCACUGCCGCUUUGAUCACUAUAUUCUGGUUCGUUAUUGUCCUGAUGAAUGUUGGAGCGGUCAAAUGGUUCGCCGAGAUCGAAGUCGUGGCUGCCGCAAUCAAGUUCGGUUUCAUCUUCGUUGUAAUCAUCUCCGGCAUUGUUCUUUCCGCUGGCGGUGGGCCCAAGGGAGGUUAUCCGGCGAGACCGGGAGGCACUAUUGGCUUCCAGUUUUGGAACGAGAUGGCGUUUAUCAAUGGUUUCAAGGGGUUCAUCUCGGUUAUGCCGACAUGUAUCUUCGCCUUGUCUGGAUCAGAAAAUGCUGGUCUAGUCGCCGCAGAGACCAGCAAUCCCCUUCGAUCUGUGCCCAAGGCUGUCAAGUCGAUCUGGGUGAGAUUGAGCUUGUUCUACAUCCUAGGAAGUUUGAUCGUCACGAUCAACGUCAGCCCAAAGGACGAAAAUCUGUUCGGUGCAUCUGGCACCAAUUCCAGUCCCUUCGUCAUCAUGUAUAGGAACUCUGGAGUGGCUCCGCUAGCUCAUAUUAUGAACGCUGUCAUUCUCGUCUCUGUCCUCUCCACUGGUGGUAUCUCUGGAUACGCUGGGUCCCGAGUACUCGUUGGUCUCGCACAACUUCGCAUGGCCCCCAAGGUUCUACAGAAGACCGAUAGCUGGGGUCGUCCAUGGUGGGGCCUUGCGCCUACUCUCAUCAUCGGAGGUGGGCUGGCCUACCUGAACGUCAGCAACGGUGGUGCUACCGUUUUUGGCUGGUUCUCCAACCUGACCUCUCUAUUCACUCUCUUCGGAUGGGGCAUGAUCUGCCUGUCACAUAUCCGUAUGCGUGCUGCCUGGAAAGUUCAAGGCCGCUCUGUCGAAGAACUUCCUUGGAAAUCAAAGGUCUUCCCUUGGGCUGCCUAUUGGGGCCUGUUUUGGUGUGUAGCACUUAUCAUCAUCGAGUUCUAUCUGGCCGUGUCGCCCUUGGGUGACAAACCCAGUGCGGAGAACUUCUUCGCCAAUUACCUCUCUGUGGUGGCUAUUAUCAUUCUUUAUAUUGGCGCAAAGAUUUUCUACCGCGGUAGAAGAUGGAACAAACUCGAAGAUAUCAACCUUGAUGCUUGUAGGAGGUUCUAUGCACCACGGGAUGAGGAGGGGAAGAAUGAGAAGAGCUUCGCCAAGAAGUGGCUCAAGUUUCCAACCAAGAACUGA